AUGAAAGCAGAAAGAGAUGACGAUAAUGGUGAUCCUGGUGAUGAUAAGGGUGAUGAUACUGAUAAUGAUCAUGACGAUGAUGAUGAUGAUGAUGAUGAUGAUGAUGAUAAUGAUAAGGGUAGUGAUAAGGGUGAUGAAGGUGAUGAUAAUGGUGAUGAUAAUGGUGAUGACAGUGAUGAUAAGGGUAGUGAUAAGGGUGAUGAUGGUGAUGAUAAUGUAUUCCGUGUGCGAGGUGUGAGAGACAAGGCCAUAUUCUACACAAUGACAGGCACGGUGUGGAUGCGAUCGCGGGCGCUGAAACAGCUCCAGCCAGAGCGCGGGUGUAAGCCAUCGUCAACUAGGGUGUUUACAAGCUGGCAUUCCCAUGCUAAGACGCUGGUAUCCGGAAUUUAA